CCUGAUUUAAGUCCGGUCGGUUUACUUUCGUUUCGCCAUUGCUGGCUUUUGUCUGGAUUAUGUUUCUGCAUUCUAGGUAGAUUCUCCCCAAUGCAAUGAGCUCUGAAGCAAAUCUUGAUUCUUCUAAUUCCAUUAAAUCAGAACCUCAUGCUGCUAAGUCUCAUUCUUCGAAAAUUACUACCAACCAGCUGGAGUAUAUCAAAAAAGAGGUGGUCGGACGACUAUUUAAAGAAAAGAUAGUAUGGCCGUUUACAAAACCGGUGGAUCACCAGCGACUAAACCUCCCAGACUAUCCCAAGAUUAUAAAGCAUCCCAUGGACCUUGGUACGAUAAAACAGCGGUUAAACUUAAAAUUUUAUCACUCCUCUUCGGAAUGUCUUGAUGAUCUUUUUACCAUGUUCCGAAAUUGUUAUAUAUUCAACAAGCCAGGUGAUGAUGUAGUUGCAAUGGCAAUGAAACUUGAGCAGAUCGCUAGAGAACGCCUUAAAUUUAUGCCGACUCCUGAGACUGAAAUAUGUCCACAAAAAACCCCAAAGUCAAUCCGUCCUAUUGGGGCUCCCUUACAAGUCCAUCCUCCCAUCGAACCUAUCCAUACAACUGCUUCAACAAACCAUACUGAAGGGUUGAAUGGCUCAGCUGUUUCUGUUGAUCAGGCUACGUUACCCUUCAGACCGUCAGUAACUUCAACAUCUACCAAAAAGGCUAGUAAAAAGAAAAGCGAUUCUACAAUAGACGAAUUACCGUCAACCCCUCAAUCAUAUGAUGAUCUAUCACGCGAUCGUCGUCAAAUCAAAAAGCCCAAGCGUGAAUAUGAAGAACGUAAUGUUGGCAAACGUUUACGACUUUCCGAAGCAUUGAAGGCUUGCAGUAAUAUUCUAAAGGAUAUUUCCUCUCAGAGAUAUCGGGAUCUCAAUCAUUUUUUUUUAAAACCGGUGGAUGUCGUGGCCCUUGGACUUCAUGACUACUACGAUGUCGUCAAAAAAGCAAUGGAUCUUAGCACUAUCAAAACAAAAUUAGAGAGCGGUCAGUACCAUACAAAAUACGAUUUCGCAGACGAUGUUCGACUGAUGUUUAAUAAUUGUUAUAAGUACAAUGGUGAAGAUAGCGAAGUUGCAAGAGUAGGGAAGCAACUUCAAGCCAUUUUCGAUGAGAAUUUCGCCAAAGUUCCUGAUGAUGAGUCAGAUCCAGCCGCUUCACCUGAUGGUCGUCCUAUUGAUCAGAAUACGUAUCAACUGAUUCAGAAUGCCAUCAAAGAACAUCAGAAACUAACUAGUCAAUUUCAGCGUUUCAGCGAGGAUUGGCAGAAAAGCACGGCCAAUUUGAAUUCAAUCCUAUCAUCCUUAAGUAUGGCUGUCAGAAAAGCACCUAUUGGUCAUAACACACCCCAUGUUAAUUCAUUGCCACCUACUCAAACCGGCCUUCCAACUGUUCCACGUGCUAUUAUGAAUGACAUUGAAGAUGUAAAUAUUACCAAGAGAGGCAGACAAUCUCAAUCCAAAACUAAAUAUCGACAAUCAGGACUAGCUACCACAACACCCGCUUUAAAUACACCAUGUGUCCCAGUUACUAGCACUGUAAACAUGAGUGGCACACAUUCCCAGCCUAUGCCUGUUCCUGGAUAUGCUACAGAUGAGGAAAUGUCCGAAAACAAUGUUCGUCCAAUGACUUACGAUGAGAAACGUCAGUUAAGUUUAGACAUAAAUAAACUCCCUGGAGAAAAACUAGGUAGAGUUGUUCAAAUUAUCCAGCAACGUGAACCAUCGCACCGUGAUUGUAAUCCGGAUGAAAUCGAGAUCGAUUUCGAAACACUACAGCAUACAACUUUGCGUGAAUUGGAAAAGUAUGUGAAGUCUGUUCUGCAAAAGACAAAAUCUGGGAGUCGAAAGUAUGUGAAGAAAGGGUUAAGUGGAAUUCCACCAGGCAAGACACGUGAAGAGUGCAUGAAAGAAAAAACGGAAGAAUUAGAAAAUCGGUUGAGAGAGAUUGGCGGACUUCCUCAAGGUGCUCCUGGGUACCAUAAUGCACAUAAUCCAAAAAAAUCACAUGCUGCUAAUCGUCUCAGCGCAUCAUCAUCCAGUUCAAGUGAUUCCGAGAGUACUUCGGACUCAAGUGAAUCUGACUCUUCAGAUUCCAAAUCUUAUAAAGCAGCUUCAGACCACAAACAGUCGCAUGACCAGGUAUCUUCAACUGGCCUACAAAGUUAUUCCAAGUCGACUGUUUCUUUAUCCCCGAACUCAGGUGCCGUAACAGCUAAGACAUCGAGCAAUCAACCACCGACAUUUUCUGCACUAGAUUCUGUUGCAAGUGGUCACUGUAAUAAUGAAGUCAUCUUUGCGAAAUCUAUUGAACCAAAGACUGAGCAGAAUGAAUCUUCAGAUACAGAAUCUGAACCAAACUCCCCUCAUCAACUACCACAACCUGUCUGGUCCAUUUCAGGGUUUUCAAAAAAACCAUCUUCUGAAGAUGGUACAUUAGUUAAAACUGUCCCUACAAGUAGCUGUGCAGUCACAUCUGCUUCUGAGGUGUCUUCUACAGUUGUCGCUGCUAGAAUGCUGAAUAUAUUACCUGAUCCUGUUGAGGCAAGCGACCUUUUGCUGCCUAACUCUCAGCCUGGUAGAAAUGAAGAAAAAGAGAAACAGGCGGCAGCACUUCAAAUAAUGCGCGAAGCUCGCAGACAGUCCCAGUGGAGUUCUCGCGCGGCUGAAGAAAAAGCUAUUCGUGAACGUGAAGAGGCUGACAGGCGACGUCAGGAGGAGGAACUUGCUUUGGAGGCUGAGAGGAGAAAGGAGCAAGAGUUGCGUCGUAUUGAGGAAGAGAAACGUCUACUUGUUGAAGCUCGAAAGCGUGAUGAUAUCGCAAAGCGUAAGGCUAUGAUCGGUGCACCAGAACGCAUAAAUGCACAUGAAUUACUGACGGAAUUCGAGAAUUCAGUUGAUAUCUCUUGCAUCGAUGCUUGUUUUGCCAUGCGUCACUUUUGAAACAAUACUAUAUCUCCUACGAAGAUAUACUUUUCCAUCAUACCUCAUUUUCUGAAACGUGAAAUAAGCAAAUAAUUUCUUUUUCUGUGGUCAAUAAAUUCACACAUACCUUCUUCCGAUAAAUGGUAUUUAUUCACAUUUUGCAGUUUCUUGUCUUAAUAGACUGUUAACACUUUCUCUUUCUAUAUGUACAUAACCAGAUAGGUCUGUCAUUUUUGUACUGGUUAAUCAGUAGCUUCUGAUCAUUUGAUAUUCGAACAAUUUUUGUGUAUCCCUAAAGGAUAAACUGCUACUAAUCGGUUUCAAUAUGGUAUAUACAAAUUGGAAAAGCUGUCAACCAUGUUGCUACACUUGAGAAUUGAACAGUGAUAGACAAAUUUGAAAUUCCUUUUUAUCUAACAAAAUAAAAGGGACUUGUUUGCACUUUUUCUUACCCCAAUGAAGUUAAUGAUGUGAA